AUGACACAAGAAAAUCAUGUCACCAAAGCCAAACCUGGUGAAGCUGCAUUACAAAACAUGCAAUUGUUAAAAAAAGAGAGUACUUUAUUCAAAGUUCCUAAAGUGCCUCCAAAAAAGAAAAUAGCUAAAAAAGCUAAAGUGUUGGUUGAAGAAGAUUAUGUUGAGGGUAUAGCAAGAAUAAUUCAGAGAGACUUUUUUCCUGAUUUGGAAAAACUAAAGGCACAAAAUGAUUAUUUAGAGGCAUCAGAAAAUAAAGAUUAUGCUAGACUUCGAGAGAUUGCCAGAAAAUACAGUGGAAAUCGACCGCCAACAGAACCUUAUAAUUCACCAGCAACAUUUGAUACACCAGGAGCUGACAGACCAUACUCACCUACAGCAGAAGAAACUCCACCUGUUCAAUCUUCCAAUAAUGAAGGAGAUAAAUCUAAAGAUAUUAUAGAUACUUAUUCAUUAGAUUCCUUCCUCUCUCACCACACAAGUGAAGAUAAUGCAAGUUAUGAUCGUGUAAUAGCUUUAGAGAAUAAAAAAAGAGCUACAAAGCUUGCUUCGCAGCUGCAAUCAGAAGUAACGUCGUUGACCCUUGCUGAGUCAGCACUAGCUUUACCUUCUAUAGAAGAUCAGGCUGAUCAAACAAAGAGACCUGAGGAGCUAGAUACAUGGCGUUACCGUGCUAAGAACUACAUAAUGUAUGUGCCGGACGGAGCAGAGUCCCAACAAGCAGGACCAAAGCCAGAAUUGCAGCACCACAAUACACGUCUUAGGACUCAACCAUUUGAUUACGCUAAAAACAAAGAAGCUAUAACUGCUUUAGCCAGAAAUCAAGACGCAAACGUUAAAGGCAAGAUUGGUGUAGACGGUGUCAGUAUAUCAUCGGAGAAGCCAGCUUCGGAGUAUUCCUAUGUGGCGACGCCUUCGCCCCGGCCCGGAGACGGUCCGGACCAGUCCCCCCUAAUGACUUGGGGAGAGAUAGAAGGCACCCCCUUCAGACUGGAUGGAGGGGAUACACCUUUGCCAGCUGUGGGCGCGGGCGCGGCGUACCGCAUGCUGGAGGGCGGCGCGCGGGAGCGCAUCGCGCUGCAGCUGGCGGAGCAGGCGGCGCGGCGGCGGCGCCCCGCCACGCCGCGCACGCCCACGCUCACCCACAGUUUCAGGACGAAUACUGAGCGCUUGGCAAGCAUGUCACCGGCGGCUAGGAAAUUGGCGGCAAAACAUUUACUGUCACCUCGGCUCAAGUUGACACCUAACGAUAUGGGUAUUUCUCAUACGACCCCCAAACGAACCCCAACACCCAAAACACCAUUAGUGGCGACACCAAACAUGUCAAGUUCAACGAAAAAAGUAUCUGCCAUUCCGUCAAGCUCCACAACUGUCAAUAGCGAAAACGUAACAGAGAACAAUAACAUCACAGAUAAUCUAUUGCAGAUCAAUGUAGCAAAGAGAACGAGGUUAAAAGCGCAAGACUUUUUCAAA